UUUGCUGAAGAUCGUGAACGGUUCGAGGAGAUGCGUGCGUGGAUAUGGUCAUCGAUAGUCGCAGCAUUUCCAUUAGGUGCUAUCUUCGGCUGUUUGAUAGCAGCCACGUUGUCUGAUACGUACGGUCGUAAGACGACUAUAUUCUUCAAUAAUAUACCUGCAACAAUCGCAGGUGUUCUAAUGACAUUUGCAUAUCCGUUCAAGAUAUGGUAUCUUCUAUUGAUUGGUCGACUUGUUAUUGGAGUGAGCGCAGGAAUCAGUUCAGGUGUACUGUCAACAUUCCUGACAGAAUUGGCACCAGUUAGACUCAGAGGAACGUUGGGAGGUUCUAAUCAGCUGCUCAUAACAGCUGCAAUGCUGUUUUCAAAUAUUCUAUCGUUCAGUGCACUGUUCGGUACAGAAACAAGAUGGCCCUAUAUUUUCGGUACACUUAACUCAUUUCUGAAAGGCGUGUGCAAAAAGAAUGAAAUUAGUAUCUCCGUAAGAAAUGAAUUCUUAUAA